AUGAAUGUUCCUUAUUAUCUAUCCUUCUCACUUCUCCGUAGUAAUUCCAUUGAUAUUGCUGCUGACUUCGACUACAAUGAUAAUUGUAUACCUUACAGCAUUCUUCUUGAUCCAGGCAGAUAUUUUUUCGAAGCUUGGGGUGCUGCCGGCGGCAAUUAUGGGGGAAAUGGAGGGUAUACGGCAGGAACAAUUGAUUUUAGCACGAGAACUCAAUUAUAUGCGAUUGUUGGAGGAAUGGGUGAAAUGCCUGUUAAAGAAGUUCGUAAUACAAAGGGCGGGUGCGGUGGAGGAGGAAAAGGAGGAGCUCCAGCUUCCACUAAUUACUAUUCUGGAGCUGGAGGUGGUGGAGCGACCACUGUUUACUACCAAAAUUAUUCGACCGACAAUAGAAUCUUAGUUUCUGGGGGAGGCGGGGCUUUCAAGGCCCUGGGAAGGGCUUUACGUAUGGUCAUGCAUGCGGAGGUACUGCAGGUUAUGCAGGUGGACUUACCGCUGGAUAUGGACACACAUAUAAUUUUUCCUAUGGAGGAACUCAGACAAUAG